AAAGAUUUUUGAACAAAAAUAAAAUAAAAAAUAAAAAAAAUAAAAAAGAUUUUUUUUUUCCUUUUCAUAAUCUUUUUUCAGAGUGAUGUUGUUCAUGCUAAAAAAAAGUUUCUUCUCUAUGUUGUAAGGCUCACGAGAGUUCUCUCUUUGCUACGAAAUCUUAACCCAUCUGGUUUUGGAAAGAUACUAAAAAAAAAAUCUAACAAAUGAAUCCGACCAUCUCUGCAACAUCGUACUUGAGCAGAAACCGUAUCUAAAAAACGACCUUUGUUGUCUUCUUCAUCAGCGAAACUCUGUCUCCUUCAGUCACCGUCAACCUUAGUUUCUACUCUUUCUUCAUCUUCUUCUUGAACAAGAGCACAGUGGAGAAGAUUAAACUUUUUUUUUGGGUUCAUUCAUGUCCGUAAAAGAAGAUCCUUACUCCUUUGAGAUAUCCAAUUCAAACUCCUUGGAGUCUCAACCUCUUUAAGGAAUUUAAUCGAACACUUGGGGUGUGCCAAAUGAAGCAAAAAUGGCUGCUUGUGUUGAUCCUCUGUUUCUUCACGACUUCUCUUGUGAUGGGCUUUCAUGGAAAACACCUAAUCAACUCCGACUUCGACGAAACUGCUCUUCUAAUGGCGUUUAAGCAAUUCUCUGUGAAAUCUGAUCCCAGUAACGUUCUUGGUAACUGGAAAUACGAGUCCGGUCGUGGUUCAUGUUCUUGGCGAGGCGUUUCUUGCUCUGAUGACGGUCGUAUCGUCGGAUUAGAUCUCCGAAACGGUGGAAUCACCGGAACCCUAAACCUAGUUAACCUCACUGCGUUGCCUAAUCUCCAGAAUCUUUACCUGCAAGGAAACUAUUUCUCCUCUUCCUCUGUAGGAGAUUGGUCUCGUUCUGAUUGUUAUCUCCAAGCUCUGGAUUUGUCUUCCAACUCCAUCUCAGACUAUUCUACGGUGGAUUACGUUUUCUCGACAUGUUCGAAUCUGGUUUCUGUGAAUUUCUCAAACAACAAGCUCGCCGGAAAGUUAGGGUUUGCUCCGUCGUCGUCUUUAAAGAGCUUGACGACCGUUGAUCUCUCUUACAAUACCUUAUCGGAGAAGAUCGCGGAGAGUUUCAUCUCAGAUUUUCCGGCGUCGUUGAAGUAUCUUGAUCUCACUCACAACAACUUAUCCGGCGAUUUCUCCGAUUUAAGUUUCGGGAUCUGUGGGAAUCUCACCUUCUUGAGCCUAUCACAGAACAAUAUCUCCGGCGAUAAGUUCCCCAUUUCACUACCGAACUGCGUAUACCUCGAGACGUUGAACAUCUCCCGGAACAAUCUCGCCGGAAAAAUCCCCGGCGGAGAAUACUGGGGAGGUUUUCAGAACCUGAAACAGCUCUCUCUAGCUCACAACCGUUUCUCCGGAGAAAUCCCACCGGAGCUUUCUCUACUCUGCAAAACACUAGAGGUUCUUGAUCUCUCCGGAAACGCUCUCUCCAGCGAGCUCCCUCCACAGUUCGCCGCCUGCGUCUCGUUACAGAACCUCAACCUCGGAAACAACUACCUCUCCGGCGAUUUCUUAACCACCGUCGUGAGUAAAAUCACCGGAAUCACUUACCUAUACGUUGCUUACAACAACAUCUCAGGCUCUGUUCCGUUAUCACUCACCAACUGUUCGAAUCUUCGUGUUCUUGAUUUAAGCUCAAAUGGUUUCACCGGAAACGUACCGUCUGGUUUCUGCUCUCUGCAAAGCUCGCCGGUUCUUGAAAAGAUUCUCAUAGCCAACAAUUACCUCUCAGGAACAGUUCCUAUGGAGCUUGGUAAAUGCAAGAGCUUGAAGACGAUUGAUCUCAGCUUCAAUGAGCUUACUGGUCCGAUCCCGAAAGAGAUAUGGAUGUUGCCGAAUCUGUCGGAUUUGGUUAUGUGGGCGAACAAUCUCACUGGAAGUAUCCCUGAAGGUGUUUGUGUUAAAGGUGGAAAUUUGGAAACUCUCAUCCUCAACAACAAUCUCUUAACCGGUUCGAUCCCUGAGUCGAUUUCGAGAUGCACCAACAUGAUCUGGAUCUCUCUUUCAAGCAACCGUCUCACCGGGACAAUCCCUAGCGGAAUCGGUAACCUUUCCAAGUUAGCAAUCUUGCAGCUCGGGAACAAUUCUUUGUCCGGGAACGUUCCACGCCAGCUAGGGAACUGCAAGAGCUUGAUUUGGCUUGAUCUGAACAGCAACAGUCUAACUGGGGACCUCCCGGGUGAGCUGGCUAGCCAGGCCGGGUUAGUGAUGCCAGGGAGUGUUUCAGGUAAACAGUUUGCGUUUGUGAGGAAUGAAGGCGGAACAGACUGCAGAGGUGCAGGGGGUUUAGUAGAGUUUGAAGGCAUUCGCGCGGAGCGAUUAGAGCGGUUUCCAAUGGUUCAUUCGUGUCCUGCGACAAGAAUAUACUCAGGCAUGACAAUGUACACGUUCUCAGCUAACGGAAGCAUGAUCUACUUUGACAUCUCGUACAAUGGGGUUUCAGGUUUUAUACCUCCUGGUUAUGGUAACAUGGGCUAUCUCCAGGUUUUGAAUCUGGGGCAUAACCGGAUAACCGGAACCAUCCCGGAUAGUCUUGGAGGAUUGAAAGCGAUUGGUGUUCUCGAUCUAUCUCACAACGAUCUUCAAGGCUACUUACCUGGAUCGCUGGGCUCGCUUUCUUUCCUCAGUGAUCUCGAUGUCUCUAACAACAACCUCACCGGUCCAAUCCCAUUUGGAGGUCAGCUUACAACAUUCCCUGUCACAAGAUACGCAAACAACUCUGGCCUGUGUGGUGUUCCUUUGCGUCCGUGCGGUUCAGCUCCUCGUCGGCCCAUUACCUCCCGUGUCCAUGCCAAGAAGCAAACUGUUGCAACCGCUGUGAUUGCUGGAAUCGCGUUUUCUUUCAUGUGUCUUGUGAUGCUAAUCAUGGCGCUUUACAAGGUGAGGAAAGUUCAAAAAAAGGAACAGAAGAGGGAUAAAUACAUUGAGAGCCUUCCAACUUCCGGAAGUUGCAGCUGGAAGCUCUCUAGCGUUCCUGAACCGCUUAGCAUCAACGUUGCCACGUUCGAAAAGCCUCUGAGAAAGCUCACUUUCGCGCAUCUUCUUGAAGCUACAAACGGGUUUAGCGCAGAGACUAUGAUCGGAUCUGGUGGGUUUGGAGAAGUCUACAAGGCUCAACUCAGAGACGGAUCUGUUGUAGCAAUCAAGAAGUUGAUUCGUGUCACGGGACAAGGCGAUAGAGAGUUCAUGGCUGAGAUGGAAACAAUUGGGAAAAUCAAACACAGAAACCUUGUUCCGCUUUUGGGAUAUUGCAAGGUUGGUGAAGAGAGGCUUCUUGUCUACGAAUACAUGAAAUGGGGAAGCUUAGAAACCGUUCUUCACGAGAAAUCAUCCAAGAAAGGUGGAAUAUUUCUAAAUUGGGCCGCAAGGAAGAAGAUAGCGAUUGGAGCUGCAAGAGGGCUAGCGUUUCUUCACCAUAGCUGCAUUCCUCACAUAAUCCACAGAGACAUGAAAUCGAGCAAUGUUCUUCUAGAUGAAGAUUUCGAAGCACGUGUCUCGGACUUCGGGAUGGCGAGGCUGGUCAGCGCUCUAGACACUCAUCUGAGCGUGAGCACGCUCGCGGGUACACCAGGAUACGUUCCACCGGAAUACUACCAGAGUUUCCGGUGUACAGCCAAAGGGGAUGUUUACAGCUACGGAGUGAUACUUCUUGAGCUUCUAUCCGGUAAGAAACCCAUUGAUCCAGGGGAGUUUGGGGAAGAUAAUAACCUAGUCGGGUGGGCAAAACAGCUCUAUAGAGAGAAAAGAGGAACUGAGAUUAUAGAUCCGGAGCUUGUGACCGAGAAAUCAGGCGAUGUUGAGCUAUUUAAUUACUUGAAGAUAGCGUCUCAAUGCUUGGAUGAUCGACCGUUUAAGCGGCCGACAAUGAUUCAAGUGAUGGCAAUGUUCAAAGAGCUUAAGGCUGACACAGAAGAAGACGAAAGUCUCGAUGAGUUUUCGCUUAAGGAGACUCCGUUGGUGGAAGACUCCCGGGAUAAGGAGCCUUAGAGAGGACUGAGAUUGCUUUGUUACUUGUUCCAAAUUUUGGUGUCCACUGUCCAGUGUAUAUAACCGAAGAAGCUUGAGAAAGACGGUACGAUUGGGAAGAUGAGGUAGACAUUGAAGAGUUAUUGUCGGCAGCUGUUACUGUUAAGCUCUUCUGAUUUGGCUGGGAGGGUUUUGCCUUUGGUUAACUUGCUUGUCAAACACGGUAAUAGAAGUUCCCUCACCUUUGUAAACCUUUGUAGGUUUCCCAGUUAAGAAAUUAUUUGAUCAUGACGUUUACUUUCAGAACUAUAUUUUGUAAGAGUUAGCUCAAUAUUUAUAAGAAUUUUUCAUAUCUUA